UUUAAAAAUCAGCAGUCGAUCAAAUAUGAUGGUUAUGGCAACUUCAAUAAAAGAUUCAUUAUUUCAGCUUAUAAGCUAUUUUCAACUUUGUGUUCUUAAGACCACCACCAUUUUAUAAAUGACUUAAACCAAGCCGACUAUGAAGUAGAUACAUAAAGCAAUCUUUUUGCGACGGUAUAAGUAUAUAAAGUGUACAGAACCUGUUCAAAAAUGAUAUCUUAUCCAUCACUGAAGUCAUCACAUCCGCACUUUUUAACGCUUGAUAUCCAACUGCCAUGCGACACUCGCUGUGACGAAAGCUUCAAAUCCAAGGAAUGCCAGAAAGCUCUUUGGCUGGGCAUUCGAUGGAAAUAUGAUUCAGCCAACGUCAACAGAGCCGGCAAAGCGAUAAGUCUCAUUGUUUUGUCCAGUUUGUCGCUUCACGCCCUACCCUAAAGUUGUGCUCCUUGGCGCUAUAAAGCUGUAACCAUGAUGUACUCCAAGGCUGAAGUAGUCCAGGCAGCAAACAUGUCGCUGGGUGCAAUGCAUUGCACGCGAUGCGCCGAUGGAUUCGAACCCACCGAGAAGAUCGUCAACUCCAAUGGAGAACUCUGGCAUACACAGUGCUUUGUAUGUGCUCAGUGCUUCCGACCCUUCCAGGAUGGAAUUUUCUACGAGUUCGAGGGUCGCAAGUAUUGCGAACGCGACUUCCACGUGCUGUUUGCGCCCUGCUGCAACAAAUGCGGCGAGUUCGUCAUCGGGCGGGUCAUCAAGGCCAUGUCAGCCAGCUGGCAUCCGCAGUGCUUCCGCUGCCAACUGUGUGCCAAGGAGCUGGCCGACUGCGGUUUCAUCAAGAACCAAAACCGCGCCCUGUGCCACGAGUGCAAUGCCAAGGUGAAGGCGGAGAUCACCGGCCGCUAUGUAUGCCAAAAAUGCCAUGGCCUCAUCGACGAGGAGCCAUUGCGGUUCCGCGGAGAAGUGUACCACGGCUAUCACUUCAGUUGCACGGCCUGCGGCACUGAGCUGGAUUCCACGGCUCGAGAGGUUAAGAGCCGACCAGGAUUGGCCGCCAACGAUAUGAACGAACUGUAUUGUCUGCGUUGCCAUGAUAAAAUGGGCAUUCCCAUCUGUGGCGCCUGUCGUCGGCCAAUUGAGGAGCGAGUGGUCACGGCGCUGGGCAAGCACUGGCAUGUGGAGCACUUCGUGUGCGCCAAGUGCGAGAAGCCCUUCCUGGGCCACCGGCACUACGAGAAGAGGGGAUUGGCCUAUUGCGAGACGCACUACCAUCAGCUCUUUGGCAACCUGUGCUUCGUAUGCAACCAGGUCAUUGGAGGCGAUGUUUUCACUGCUCUGAACAAGGCCUGGUGUGUUCACCACUUUGCAUGCUCGGUGUGCGACACGAAAAUGACACAGAAGUCCAAGUUUUACGAGUAUGACGAGAAGCCGGUGUGCAAAAAGUGCUAUGAGCGAUUCCCCAACGAACUGCGACGACGCCUGCGCACCGCCCACGAGAUGACGAUGAAGAAGAACGUCUAAGACAGUCUGGAGCCAGUCGUUAAUCCACACCAAACAGUGCCUUUGUCGUUGUAGACCAUAUUUAACAUUCGAGAAACAAAAACAAAACCAACUAAACCCUAAUGUGCAUGUCUUUUCAAUCUGUUGUAACCCUGUUGUGUGUAAUUUCUAAUGUAAAAAACUUGAAUCAACGGCAGCUAUAGCUAGGGAACAUAAUAAUAGUGUAUUAACAGCUUUUAACGUUGUUAUUUAAUUGAAUUUUAUUUAUAUAUAAAUGUUUUUAAAAUAAUUUCAAACGUAA